AUGUUGCCCCUGCUUCCGCUGCGGCCCAAUACCAUUGGCGAUGAGCACAAACGCCUUUUGGACCCGCCCAUAUCACUAUCUUCCUCUCAAAACUCAAACGUGAAAACUCUUUCCUUUGCCUCACCAGCCCUGUUGCUGGAUCACGUCACACAGCAUUGGCGCUCAAAUUUUGUUACGACUGACCUCAACUCAGACAGACUAGUGAACUACUUCAUCAGGCGCCCGUUCUUCAUGCUAAUUAGCAUAGAUGCACCCAUCUUGCAACGUUAUCACCGCUGCCAUCGUCUAAUAAACAUAGCAACUCUCGAAGACUUUGUGCAGGCACACGACCGCGAAGUGUUUGGAGACAGUAUAGGGCCACACUCUCCCGGAGGGUUUUCACUGCUCCGCCGCGCCAGCCCACAGGUCAAACUCAAAAUCGUCAAUUCCUUCGAUUCCAUCACAGAACUCUAUCAUCAACUGGAUUCUUUAGAUAUUACGAAUACCAAUCGACUUAGACCUCAAUGGGAUACCUAUUUCAUGACGCUCGCAGAUCUUGCUUCGCAACGUUCCAACUGUAUGAAGCGCCGCGUGGGCGCCAUACUUGUCCGUGAAAACCGCAUCGUUUCCACAGGAUAUAACGGUACUCCUCGUGGUGUUAAAAACUGCAAUGACGGGGGAUGCGGACAUUGCAAUCGCACAUCGGCGACUAAUGGUACCGAAUGUCUCUGCCUACAUGCCGAAGAAAAUGCGCUUUUGGAAGCAGGAAGAGAUCGGGUUGGCGCGAAUGCUACUAUGUAUUGCAAUACAUGUCCGUGUUUGAAAUGUACCAUCAAGAUCAUCCAGAGUGGUGUUAAAAGAGUGGUCUACAAUUUGAGCUAUAAGGUAGAUGACGCUUCUGCACGAUUGUUCCAGGAAGCUGGCGUAGACAUCUUCCGACACGUUCCACCCCCUGAACCAUAAGAUUGGAAGAUUGAUAGUAAGAUACGAUAUCACGAUAACAUCAUUUACGCAUUGAGGAUUACGCGUACAUUGUCUUGUAUAUCCCACCUGUAUUCUCUCAAGUAAGCGACUUCACCAGUCAAAUGUCCACACGUCGCCAUAAGCGCCAGCCAUACGGCAUCUUCAUUACCCCUGCCGAGCGCGACAUACAACUCUCUUGCAUAGGCCUGCAGUUCCUCGUGUGCCUGUUUGUGCAAGAAGCGCCUGAAUGCGAGUAUGACCUGCCAACCGGAUGCAUCUUGCAUAUGGACACCAGCUACGGCAGCCGUCAUCGUCCGCAGAAUGGAGCGAUAUAAGCGAUGAGAAUGGGUGUAUGCUGAUUCCGUUCCUACUGCUCCAUAACCACGGCGUGCAAGGGCAUUCUGAUUGUCGGAUGCAUCUAGCUUUUUCAAAAUGUUGCCAAAACGGGGCCAGACAUCGUCCCACACUCGCCUGCCCAUGAAACUGCCA